ACCAUCCUGACUGCCAGGAACAUCGUGGUCGCCACGGGUGGACGGCCGAGAUACCCCACAAAUAUUCCUGGAGCAGUGGAGCACGGCCUCACCAGCGACGACAUCUUCUGGCUGAAGAAGUCGCCCGGGAAAACACUUGUGGUUGGAGCCAGCUAUGUGGCUCUGGAGUGUGCAGGUUUCCUCACCGGCGUCGGCAUGGAUACCACAGUGAUGGUUCGCAGCAUCGCCCUCCGGGGGUUUGACCAGCAAAUGGCAGGCCUGGUGACGGACUACAUGGAGGCAUAUGGGACAAAGUUUGCGUGGAGGAGUGUCCCGAAGAGAGUGGACAAACUGUCCUCAGGAGCCCUGCAGGUGACCUGGGUGGAUUCCCUCACAGGCAACGAGCAGAAGGACACCUUCGACUCAGUGUUAUGGGCCGUCGGCAGAGCCCCUGAAACCAAAGCCCUCGGCCUGGACAAGCUCGGCGUGCAACUCAACAAGCAGACGGGGAAAAUAGUCGUGGGCGCCGACGAAUCCUCCUCAGUGCCAAAUAUUUACGCUUUCGGUGACAUCGGAGAGGGCCGUCCUGAACUGACCCCCACGGCCAUUAAAGCAGGAAAGCUUCUCGCCCGGAGACUGGCCGGUCACAGCGCUGAGCUCAUGAACUACGACAAUGUUGCCACCACAGUGUUCACCCCCCUGGAGUACGGCUGUGUGGGUCUCUCUGAGGAGGAGGCAGAGAUGAGGCAUGGAAAAGACGGCAUAGAGGUCUACCAUGCGUUCUACAAGCCUCUGGAGUUCACUGUAGCUGAGCGCGAUGCCAGCCAGUGUUACUUAAAGGUGGUGUGUGAGCGGGCUGGAGACCAGAAAAUCCUCGGCCUGCAUUUCACCGGACCUAACGCUGGAGAAGUCACUCAGGGAUUUGCUCUGGCCUUCCAGUGCGGAGCUACAUAUUCCCACCUGUUGCAGACUGUAGGCAUCCACCCAACCUGUGCUGAGGAGCUCACCAAGGUCCACAUCACCAAGCGCUCCGGUUUGGAUGCCAUGGUAACCGGCUGCUGAGGUUAAGCACCUCGGCCUCUGAACAGGAAGUGAGCACACACGGGGUCCCUCUGUGUCGGUAGAGAGAUAUAAGCGUUGGGUUUGAUCUGCUCUUUCUUUUUGCCCCCUCUCCAUCUAAUUUGCCCCAAAAUGGCCGCCAGUUUCAGACUUGUGUAACCGGGUUUCUUCCCUGGCUGCCCAGGUUGUCAUUUGAUAACCAGCAACGACUAUGAUUGUAGCAUAUACAAGCCUGUUGUGAGUGUAUGCACUAGCAGCCCGGGAUAUAGAUCAGGUCGGUGAGAACGCUGGGCGCAGAGCGAGCGUCUCUAAAAUAAACAGGCUCAUCAAUCAGGAUUAAAGUCCGCGCUCGGGGUUUUGUUGGACUCGCUACGAGAACCGUGGUCAGAGCCUGAGCAGUUUUCUGAAUAUAUAUUCUACAAAUAUUGUUGUUUCUCCGGCUGUACUUCCUGUCCAUUAGUCUUGGAGGUGACACAUACCAUACACCCCCCCCCCAUGACACUGAUGGAUAGCCCCAGGGCCCACUGCCGCAGUGACACCUCCCCAUUUCCCAUGGACACACACAAACAGUGUGUUGGCUUGCCUGUCAGUCAGACAGCCAGGACCUGUCCAUGGGAGCCGCGGCUUGUCGAGGGCCCUGCAGACCCCUGUCCUCCUCCUCCUCCCAUGCCCCUUCUUCAAGACAGUGGGGUCACAAACGUGCUUUUUAAAAAAGCUGUGUGGGUGCCACAGCACAGAACAGAACAGGACGACCUAACCCAUCCAUUGUAAGAGCUCUGCUUGAGCUGCACUACCCAGCCUCACCCAAAGGUGGCACUGUUGCCCUCCUAUUCUCCCCUGUGUCUCACUGAGCCAGAAGUGGGAGAUGGGAUAAGGUAGUGAGUGGAUAAAAACGUGCGCCUGAAUACGUUCAGGUUGCACAUUUAAUCCCUUUAAUCCCUAUAAAAGAUAUGCACUUUUGGAUGAAGUUUGCAAAGCAGACUGGCUUUAAGGGUGCCAGACUGAUAAGGGUUAUCUGUUGUGUAUUUACAUGGGUGGCAGGUUUGGCCUACAAGUCAUCACCCUGGAAGAUAAGGCAGGUUGUUUAUAUCAAUAAAACAGUAAUAGACCCCCGCAGUUUGCCAGAGUGCUCAACCUGCUGGCUGCGCUGGACAUCUUGGGUUUAUUAACAAGAGGAGGAGGAGGAGGAGGAGGAGGGCUGUCAAUGAAGAGGGUUUGCUACAGAAACCUGGGGAACCAUGAGGAGGCUGCUGGGCGUCGUUUAUUUUCAUGUGAAGUCUAAUCUGCUGCGGCUGAUUAAUGGUUUCGAUGAGGGGAAUGACAGUGUGCCAGGAGAUGGAGAGAGGAAAAGGAGAAAGAGAGAGGGGUACCAGGUUUAUUUGGACCCAAGCCAGGAGGAGAGAGCGAGAGAGAGGGAGCCGAGUUUCAGGCCAGCUUUAGGGAGGGGAAGGGGGGGUGGGGGGGGAUUCCUGUGUGCUCUGUUCAGGGCCGAGGUGCUGACUGAAGGACCCUGACCUCCGCUCAGCAGGAACAGCUUGACUCUAUCACACUCGGAGCACAGAGGGCUCACAUGCUGCAGCGCUGCACGGCAGGGGCCUGGAGAGGAGGGGGGGGGUAAGGUAGGACGGGCAAGAGACGGACAGAAUCAACCAGCCAACACAACAUGGAGCGGUAGCAUUGUGUGUAUGUUCCUGUGCUUAACGAUCCACUUCAGAGACCUCAGGGUGGGCUCCGAGGCACCGAGAGGGAAGUUAUCGAGGCCAUCAGAGUAACUGUAAUGUCUGUUUUGCUUUUUACCCUCUACUUCCCUUCUCUGUUUCCUCGUCUGCUCCGUUAUCUUUUUUUUUUCACACAGUAUGGCCUCUCGCGCACAAAAUUUAAAAUAUUUUUAUUACUGAUGUGUCUUAUUUUGAAAAACGUCUACUCAUCGAGUCUCUCCAGGCCCCCGAGUCCUGCCGCGUCAGCCGCCCCUCAGCAGUGCCCAAGGGGGGUCAGGGUUCAUCUUUCAGGUCGGCCAGCUAAUGAUGACCUGCACUAAAACCCAAAACGUGGGGAGUGCAGGCCUGAUGUCACCUGGCUGCCAACUUUAGAACUUGUAAAUAGAGACGUUUAAUUUUCCGUUUAAGCUUCUUUAUGCAUAAUUUAUAUGUAAAGUAAGAACAUACAAUGUGACCAUUAAAGUAAUGAUGCUCACCGA